AUGGAGCAGCUGGGUUACAAGUUCCACUCAGUGGUUGACCUAGGCUGUGGCAGUGGUGAGCGGUUAAUGCAAAUUCUCCGCCGGUACCCUAACACGACGGGCAUUGGCAUCGAUAUCGCCGAACCUGCCCUCAAAGUCGCCACAGUCGAGGCGAUAGAACGUGGUCUCGGCGAUCGGUUAUCUUUCAUGAAGGGCGACGCGCGCAAUAUGGACUACUGUGAUAAGUUCGCUCAAGUUGACCUGUUGACGUGCUUUAUGAUGGGUCAUAACUUCUGGCCUCGGGAAAACUGUAUUGCUACACUACAGAUGUUGCGGAAAGCGUUUCCCAAAGUCCACCGUUUUCUACUGGGAGAUACGACUAGGAUCCUGUUGGACGGACCUCGGUCCGAGCAUGCCGUCACUGAAGCUAACAUUCCUGUCUUUACCCUGGGCUUUGAAUUUGGUCACGCUCUGAUGGGUGUCUAUUUGCCCACAAUAGAAGAAUGGCAAGAUGUCUUCGCUGAAAGUGGAUGGCGCUGUGUGAGCCGGAACUUGAUCAAAUCACCAUCGCUCUCUGUCAUCUUUGAACUAGAGCAUGAUCACUGA